AUGGCAAGGAAAAAAUGGAAGGUUAUCGCUCUAUCAUGUCGUAAAGGCUAUCAUACACAAGCUUUCCAGAAAGAGCUGGAGAUACGCCAAUCAAAAGGCUUGAUCGAUCCCAAUGUCUUGUUACUGACAGUCGAAGAUCCAGACACUCGAAUUGGAAGUGGUGGUGCAACAAUUAAUACUAUCUUGGUUGUAGCUGAACAUUUGAGUUCAUUAGCUGGCCAUACGGUCGUUAACCCCGAUGUACUGGCUAAUGCUGAUAUUCUAAUCCUCCUAAUGGGUAGAAAUUAUUUAUUUGAUCCUUGCGGACGUGCAUUUACUACUAUGCCGGCUAUGUACAGUGGAGCUCAUCAUAUUACUGGAUCCGAUACAGAAAAUAUAGCGUGCAAUAUUGACUUUAUUAUCUAUACUCUUACCAACGUAAUUUGCCCUAAUUCACCUCCUGGCGUUUGGGUGUGCAGUACAGACAUGCUAUUAAGUAUUCCAUCAGAAAAAGCCAUUGACAUCACUUUUCCAAAACACUGGAAGGGAGUUAGUUUGAUAACUGUUCCAGCUUCUGUUGAUUAUGCAACAUUGCAUGGAGCCUGUAAAGUAAAUCAUGAUGAUACUGUUGACGAUAUCUUUUACCAAAGUUCACCAGAUAAUCUGGAAUCUUGCCUUUUGAAUAACGGUCAUCAAGUACCAUUGGUUUCUGGUUUAUUGUUUAUGUGUCCAAAUACCGCUACUAAACUUUUGCAAUUUCAUGUGAAACCCCCUAUUGAUGCUUGCACUUAUAUGGGUAUUGAUAGCGGAUCACUACCAAUUAAACUUUCCUUAUUCUUCGAUAUUUUAUUGCCUAUGGCCAAUAACGUCUCUCGUGAAAAUUUUGUAACUGGAAAUCGUAGCGGCUCAUAUGGCAACAAAGACGAUAGCCUGUUGCUGCCUGAAGAUAAAGCGUUAAUGGAACAUGCUCGCUCUGUUUUAUACGAUGAAUUGCAUCAAAUUCGAAUUAGAUCAAUACUCAUCACGGAAGGGAUCCAUAAUUACAUGUCUACGAGUGUUGCGUCCGAUUUUCAAAAUCAAAUAUUAAAUUGCCCUCUCAGGCUUGGUACAAACGGUGUUAAAAAUUUUCAAUGGCAGAACAGAACUCAUUGCUACACCGAAUCUGGAUGUGAAGUUCCUAUAUCUACAAUCAUUAUCAAUAGCAGUAUUGAUAGCGAAAUUGAUAUUGGAAAAAAUUGUGUUGUUGCUCAUUGUAUCCUUAAAAACAGCCUAAAAAUUGGUAAUAGAUGCAUUUUAUCGGGGUUGUUACCCAUAGAAUUUGAACUCGAUAAAGUUAUAACAGAGCCCGUUGUUAUACCGGAUAAAAGUGUCAUGUUAAAUUUUAUAAUUUCUAUCGGCGAUAAUGUAUCUCGUCGAAUCACUACCGUUUUUGGCUUGGAUGAUAAUCUUAUGUUAUCGGUCGAUAAUCAAAAAAGCAGCUUUUGUAAUAAGCCGUGGUCUGCAUUCUUUGAAAGGACAGGCAUUGAUAGUUCAGAUUUAUGGCAACAGCAUUUGCCAUCGUCUAAGCGUAGUCUCUUCAACGCAAAGCUAUAUCCAGUCUUUAACCAUAUCCAAAAGAUUGAAACUGAGGAUAUUUUAUGGCUGUUAGGAACUCACAAUUCUGCUGAGGCUUUAGAAAAGUAA